UGUUCAAUUGUUGUGGUUGAUGACUUUUUGAAGGAGGAUCGUGACUUUUGAGAAAUCCAAGCUUGAAAUUCAGUUACUAACCUCACUUUUCAAAACAUUCGGAGCUGGAAAUCGCUGAAACUACGGAUUUUAGGGAGUUUUGGGGCAAUGAGUCUCCUUCCGGUGUGUUCCUUGUGCCUGUUCAAGAUCGAAAUCGUGGAUGACGAGGUCGAAUUAUGCGAAAAUACGGAAAAUCUCAAGGAAAUUCUCAAUGAUUUGUUCUGUGAUAAGAUAAAUUUACCUGAAUCGAGCUUACAAUACGUCUGUCGAAGCUGCUGUGAGAAGUUAGAGUCCUUUCACGAGUAUUUUUUGUUCGUUUUGAAGAAUCAAAGUCUGAAGGAGGAACAAAAACAGGUCUUGGAAGCUGAUUCAGAGUUCGUUAAUGUCAAAGUUGAACCAGAUUUUGCUGAAAAUAAAGAAAAAUUAAUCAAAAAUACUGAAGAAAACUCACAAAAAAGGCUUCGUCGAGGGCAAAACGUCAAAAAAUCAUCAUCUGAAAGCCUUUUGCAACGUAACGAAGUGUAUCAAACCAUCACAGAGUUCUACGAGAUGACCUGCGAUGCUUGCCAAACCCUUUUUGAGUCAUAUCCAAGUCUUAUUCGACAUUGCCGCAAGGAGCACGGAUCUCUCAGAGUCUGGUUUUGUUGCAAUUCGCGCCUUUACACAACCACAAAGCUCUUCGAACACGCCAACAGUCACAAAAAUCCCAACAAAUGUCGUCAUUGCGGCGAAAAAUUCAUCGAAUCCAAGGCACUGAGGCAACACAAAUGCCCGUUUCGCAAAUAUGUGACGUGCAACGAGUGCGGCAGACAGUUCAAACAAAAAAACAUGCUUCGCGAUCACCUAAAAAUCCAUUUUCCCGAAUACAUUUACUGCGAAUUGUGCGGAAAAAGUUUCACAAAAAAGCACAAAUUUCGCGAGCACAUGAGUUACGACCACGGCAACAUGCCGCAAGAGGAAAUGUUCAAACCGUGUCCCAUUUGUGGCAAGUUGGUGAGUACAAGGAAUUACGGAAUGAAAGAUCACAUUCGGGAAAGGCAUGAAAAAGUCGCCACGGGACCGUUGAAGUGUGAACAAUGCGGCAAAGAAUAUUCGAAUGAGAAGAAUUUGAAGAGACACGUAAGGGAGGAACACACUUUUGGGCGGAAAUUUCAAUGUCAACACUGUGAUAAGAGGUUUUUGAGAGCGAAAGCACUGAAGGAGCAUGAGGCGAUACACACGGGACAUCCAAUUUACGUGUGCGAAUAUUGUGAUGCGCCAUUUAAGUCGAAUGGGAAUUAUUAUUCGCAUAAAAGGAGACUGCAUCCGGUUGAAUAUGCAGAGCAAAAAGCUAAUAGGAAGGCAGUUUCGGCGAAAAAGUGUUUCGAUGUUGAUCAGAAAUUGUGAAUUAAAAGAAUUUAUUGAAAUUUUUUAUUAAUUUUGUUUUAAUUUAGGUCUCUUCAGUCAAAAAUUCGAUUUUUUUUUUAUAUAAAAACUGAAAAUUAAAAAGA